UAAUGCAGCAUUCUUUUGGACACCACACCUAGGUCGGAGCACUGUCGUCCUUCAGGGCUCCAGCCUCUUGAUAUUUUUAUACUUCGGUAUCAGCUCAAUAGAGCAAAAGAGAGAGAGGAAGAGAGAGGGGGGAGAGGAGAGAAAAGAGAGAGAGGGAGAGAGAGAGAGAGAAAGAGAGAGAGAGGAGGAGGGGUGGGAAUUACACAAAAGAGAACCAAAAAUAAUUUUGAUUCUAAAUUAAUUUGCUUGCUGAUCUGGGAUUUUAGUCAUCAUGGAAGGUAAAUGGACGAUCUGCCCAGGACCGCAGCCCGAUACCAUUUUUCAAAGCCAGAACUUACUCCAUUUUCUAUGCAAAUGUCAGAAAAGCGAAACACCCUCUCUCCCAAGUCAGAGAAGGGGAAGCAACGGCUCUCAGGUUGGGACAAUAUUAUCUGGAAGCUGAAGAAGAAACCGAACGCUCCUUUUUUCCCCUCCCUUCCCAUCCCUUUCAAUCCAGAGGAAAAAAAUUCCAAGGUCUGCAAAGCUAAAACCCAAUCUCGGAUAUACUACUAAUAGGCGCGGCGCUCAGACUAUAAAACACAACAAAUCAUAAACCCGGCGGAGCAGCAGCGGCCGCGCGCGCCUCCCCUCCCAAUGAGUUCCUAUUUCGUGAACUCCACCUUCCCCGUCACUCUGGCCAGCGGGCAGGAGUCCUUCCUGGGCCAGCUACCGCUCUACUCGUCCGGCUAUGCGGACCCGCUGAGGCACUACCCCGCGCCCUAUGGGCCGGGGCCCGGCCAGGACAAGGGCUUUGCCACUUCCUCCUAUUACCCGCCGGCCGGCGGUGGCUAUGGCCGAGCCGCGCCUUGCGACUACGGGCCGGCGCCGGCCUUCUACCGCGAGAAGGAGUCGGCCUGCGCGCUCUCGGGCGCCGACGAGCCUCCCCCGUUCCACCCCGAGCCGCGGAAGUCAGACUGCGCGCAGGACAAGAGCGUGUUCGGCGAGACGGAGGAGCAGAAGUGCUCCACUCCAGUCUACCCGUGGAUGCAGCGGAUGAAUUCGUGCAACAGUUCCUCCUUUGGGCCCAGCGGCCGGCGAGGCCGCCAGACCUACACGCGCUACCAGACGCUGGAGCUGGAGAAGGAGUUUCACUACAAUCGCUACCUGACGAGGCGUCGGCGCAUCGAGAUCGCGCACGCCCUGUGCCUGACCGAGCGACAGAUCAAGAUCUGGUUCCAGAACCGGCGCAUGAAGUGGAAAAAGGAGAGCAAACUGCUCAGCACCUCUCAGCUCAGUGCGGAGGAGGAGGAAGAAAAACCAGCCGAGUGAAGGUGCUGGAAAGGGAGAGGCGACGCGAAGGGAGAAGCCUGUGGGGAGCCGAGGGCAUCGGAGAGCCCGAGAAGGCUCUGCGGGCGGAGGAGCCCAGGGACCUACUCUUCAGCGCGCGACAGGCGGGGCCCAGCGCUCUCCUGGACGCCUCUGCCCGCAGAGCUCUUGGCGGGUGCUUGGAGGCCGCACCGCCCGAGCCCACCCAGCACCCCGCGGGCCCCCUUCCUCCCCGAGGAACCCGCCUCGGCCCGAUCAGGCUCCCUGUGAGAACUGAGGAUAGGACUCACUUGAUGUUUCCCGGAAGCAGAGCAAAAUGCUCUUGUCUGUGUCUCGUCUCAUUUCGUCCAUGUCCCUGUGCACGGUUCAAUGGUAGAUUCGCUGUGCCCUCAGCGGGGGCCUCGAAAACUCCCUGACCCCAGACCUGUCGUCUCUCCCACCCCCUCCCCAAAGCCACUGGAAGGAGCACAUACUACCUAGAAGAAGAGGAGCCUCAGAAGAAAACAAAGUUCUAUUUUAUUAAUUUUCUAUGUGUUGUGUUUGUAGUCUUGUCUUAGCUCUGGACGUGAAAUACUUCGGUAAUAAUAUUAAUAUUAUUAAUAAUGAUGAUAAUAAUAAUAAUAAAGACAUGAAAACUCG